CUCGCUCGUUACCUUCAUUCGAGUGUGAUCAGCCAGCAAGGCAAAAGAAGUUCUUACUACCUUUCCUCGAGCGACAGCCAUCUUCAAUCCUCCUUCAACAGCAUACCUCACUCUAACGAUUUCAAACAGCGACCAAGCCCUAGCACCAAUCCCUCACGGACUUUCCACUAUUCUAAACUAAACACCACGCCCCUUACCGUAUCACUCCACUCAAGUAAUUAUAACUUCUCUGCUCUGCUCUACUCAGCAUAUAAACCCCCCCUAAACCAUCUCACAAUGAACUCCCUCGCCAACCUCACCACCACACUCUACAACCACACCGAACCCAUCCUCUCCCUCCCAAGCUCAGGGACAUGCAGUCUCCUGACCGGCAUCGAAAGAGCAAAGAUCACACCCAACAUCUUCCAACCCUGCUGCAGUGACGCAGCUCCUGUGGGGUUUGAGCGCUCGUCGUGUAAAGCGGAGAAUGGAUGGGAGACUUGUUUUGCGCAGCAUAGGGAGGAGUUUAGACUUGUGGCUGCUGUUUGUAGCGCUGAUGGUAGCUCGGAUGGUGGGAGGAGGAUGAAGUUGGGGAAGAUUGAGAUGGGGCUGGGGGGUGUGGUGGUUUUGUUGGGAGUGUUGGCUGUUCAGAGUGGGUUUUGAGACGCAGAGGUAGAGUAGAGAUUUGCUUCUUGAUUCUGAGAUGGCAGAUAUGUUGCUGUUGUUGAGCUUUGGAUAGCUAGCUAGCCAGUGUCGUUGUGUAUCUCUCCAUGAUGUCGGACAGGAAGUUAAAUAGUCUAUCGGAUGUAACCUAGUGACUGUAAUAAGUCUGCGAGUUUGUGAGAUGAUACAGAGAUAGGAACAAGCAGGAAAAGAAUUACAUAUUCUGCAGUUCGUCAGUUCAGAGAUAUUGUUAGUACACCUAUCAAAUACCGUGCUUACAAUCGUACUUACUCAGUCCCAGUCCUCGAGUGAAUU